AUGGUUCGAGAAGGGAUUGUGCUUGGACACAAGAUUUCCGAGAAAGGGAUCGAGCUCGAUCGAGCUAAGGUGGAUGUCAUGUUGCAGCUCCCUGUUCCCAAGACUGUGAAGGACAUAAGGAGUUUUCUGGGUCAUGCAGGGUUCUACAGAAGAUUCAUCAAGGAUUUCUCAAAGAUAGCAAGACCCUUGACAAGGCUUCUAUGCAAGGAGACAGAUUUUGAGUUUGAUGAAGAAUGCCACAAGUCUUGGACCUUGCUGAAGGAUGCUCUGGUGUCUGCGCCAAUAGUUCAAGCUCCAAACUGGGAUCACCCAUUUGAGAUUAUGUGUGAUGCAUCUGACUAUGCAGUGGGAGCAGUGCUUGGCCAAAAGAUAGACAAGAAACUCAAUGUCAUCUACUAUGCAAGCAAGACUAUGGAUGAUGCUCAAUGCAAGUAUGCAACCACAGAGAAGGAGCUCCUUGCCAUAGUCUUUGCCUUUGAGAAAGUUUCGAAGCUAUAUAGUUGGGAUCCAAGGCUGGAAGAAGUUAAGGCUCUGCGUGAUGAGAAUUUGCCAUGGCAUUACUAUUGGGAUGAGCCUUACUUGUACAAGAGAGGACCAGACAGCAUUUACAGGAGAUGCAUAGCUGAAGAAGAUGUACAAGGAGUUCUAGAGCAUUGCCAUGGAACCAUCAUCUUUCCAAGAUAUGGCAUCCCAAGGGUUGUUAUUUCGGAUGGAGGUUCCCAUUUCAUCAACAAGGUGUUUGAGAAGUUGAUGAAGAGUUAUGGAGUCAAGCACAAGGUCGCCACGCCCUAUCACCCUCAAACCAGUGGGCAAGUUGAAGUCUCCAACAGACAGAUAAAGGCCAUAUUGAGAAGACUGUCUCCUUUCAAUUUGCUGUAUGGGAAGGAUUGCCACUUACCUGUGGAGGUCGAAUACAAGGCUUUAUGGGCAGUAAAGAUGCUGAACUUUGAUAUAAAGGCAGCACAAGAAAGGAGGAUUUACAAGAUGAGAACCAAGGCAGCCCACGACAAACUGAUUCGCCUUAAGGACUUCAAGGUUGGGGACAGUGUGCUCUUGUAUAACUCCAAGCUAAGGUUGUUUCCCGGGAAGCUGAGGUCAAAGUGGGCGGGACCAUUCAAGAUUCACGAAGUUCUACCCUAUGGGUCCCUCACUUGCUCAAUCAAGAGGGGAAGGAAUUCACAGUGA